AUGUCGGUCUUAGAAGCUGUGCUACAGACUUUAAAAACCCUAAGGUUUGAUAACUCAACGGCACCUUCCAAUGCUUCUGAUGCAGAAUAUGAGAACUUGGAAACAUCUGAAAAACUUCGAGUAUUUCACACUUUACCCACACUAGCCAGUAGUCUGGGUCCGGUGGAUACACGUGAAAAACUCAUCCCUACAAUCUCAGAUGUUGUCUCCAACGCUAUUGAUGCUGCUGGGUUCCUUGGCGAUCUAGUUGGUGGUGCUGAACACAUAUCUUUAAUUGUGCCCAUCCUGGCUAAUAUCAUAUAUUCCAUCGAGGAAGUUGUUGUAGCUGAAGCUGCUUGUAAUUCACUGAUAGCACUCCUUCCAAAGCUUCCAAAUGAUGUUGUGGAUAGCACGUUUACCCCAAUUAUCCGUCACAUUAUUGAAGAGGAUCUUUAUUGUGCUUCAAGAAAAGUGGUUACAAAACUCAUUAUUGCCUGUUAUCCAAUGGUUUCAGCACGAAAUCAAGUGGAUUUUAAGUACCGACUUUUCCAUUUGGCUGAUAGUGAAGAUGAAGUCCCUUUAGUUCGGGCUGCUGCUGUUCAACAACUUGUUCCACUUGCAAAACUUUUCGGUCCAGAUUUAAAAUCAGAACUAGGUCUGCUGCUUGCAAGUUUAGUUUCUGAUAAUCAACGUGUUGUUCGAGCAGCCUGUUUACCACCGUUAGUGGAAUUGGGACGGAUGAUUACGGAUGCAGCAGAGUUUGACUCAACUAUCAGACCAUGUAUUGACAAACUUGCUGGGGAUCCUAGCAGAGAUGUGAGGCGGGCGAUGGCAUCAGUUAUCACAAAUCUUCAAACUUUAGUUUGUAAUCAUGGCGGAGCCAACCGAUCAUUGCAUCAGACUAUGUUAAAUCUUCUAGAAGAUAAUGAAGUAGAAACGCGUAGAAUCAGUGCUGGUCAACUGAAAGAUUUCUGCCUUGCAAGCCCCAAAGAUAUUCUUGUUACCAUUUUGUUACCGCGUUUACGUGAACAUUUAUCUAUGGAACGUGAAGAACGAGUACGUUCCGAAUUGGUUCGAUGUGCUGUUGGUUUGUUACCAUCUAUUCGUCGAGAAGAUUGUCUACCUUUGUUCACAGUCCAAACAAUAUGUAUUCGAGCAUUUUCUGAAUUAGUAGCUUUAAUGCCUGCUAACGAGAUUCAAUUGACCUUAUUACCAAGUCUACUUCGUCUUUGGCAAGAUAAAAAUUGGCGUGUUCGUCUUGGUGUUGUUCAAUCAGUACCUUGUUUAUAUGAUAAGUUGCCGGAAAAUUGUUUACAGGAAACUGUUCUACCUGCAAAUCUUGCAUGGUUACGAGAUCCGGCGUGGUGCGUUCGUGAAUGUGCUUGUCGUAGUCUUGCUCGUUUAUUAGUAGCAUGUCCGGGAGCUUGCAAAAAAGCAUUCAGUGGAGUAGGAUCUAAAGCGACUACAAACUCUGGUUCAGGUAGUAUAACUUCUAAUCCAAACAGUGCUUCAUCUAAUGUAACUAAUCCAACUAGUGGAACAAAUGCAUCAAAUACUUCCACUGGUAAUCUUCCUAGUUCAACAAAUGCUCAAGUGUUAGAUCAAGCAAAUACUUCCGGUCUUUCAACUACAUCGAAUACUUCUGCUGUUAAUCCAGUCAAUGCUUUAACUACACAAGCUGCUGCAGGUGGCCUUAAAGCUCUUGCCGUAGAUACAAAUUAUCAUCUUCGUCAAAUAUACAUUAACGUAGUACAAGCUGUUUGGGGCCCUGGUAUCUUGGAUGAACCUCCUUACAGUGCCCUAGGUGAUGAUCCUAGCGCAGGAAUUCUCUUUCCUGCUUCCCGUAACAUCUAUGCUUAUUUGUCAUCAAAAACAUCGAAGAACCUCACAAAUUCAGAUAAUGUAAAUGUUACAACAGUUCCUAAAGGUUGCCAAGCACCACCACAAAUACCAAAUGUUUAUUUGACCGGGUGUGUAGCUCAGUUAUUACGUUUCCUGUCGGAGGAUGUAGUGCCAAAUGUACGAAUUUGUGCAACACAAGCCCUCCACGUAAUCUCCGGUUCUCUGGAUAAAAAAACUAUUCAAAAUGAUGUGAUACCGGUUUUAAAAAAAGUCAUAGAUUAUGAUUUUGAUCAGGAUGUUCGAUUUUUUGCACAACAAAGCUUAAACUAUUUUACAACUACCUAA